AAAUUGUAAUGGCAAAUAUCACAUCACUGUACAAUAUAUUAUGUUUCUUUUGAACAAAUUCAUCUUGCUCUCGUUCUCAAACCGACACAAGCUUAAUGUAGAGCUGUCAAUCCAUUCUUUUACAAAUAUAUCAGAUUUAAAAAUUAAAGUAUCAGCAGUUAUUUCCAGUCAAUCACUUUCAUAAAAUUAAACGUAUUACAAUGUUGCAUCAUGAGCUGUUGAGGUGCGGCGCCUCGUAGGCCGACGCUGGGCCAAGAUUCGGUGGCAACGUUCACGCAGGAAUUCAUUUAGCUUCGAUAAGUGUCCGGUUUCAGUCUGGCACGACGAGCGUUCGUUGCAUUUAGUAUUUAUUCAUGUAUUGGCCGGGCGCAGGUUCUAUGCGCGGGUUGGUGCGGCCCCGGGGGGCAUACUUACUACGUAAUUAAUCCGCGGCCCCCCCGCGCCCUCCCUCUCGCGUGGGCUGAGCGAGGCACGCCGUACGAGCGCCGGGUUUCCUCGUCCCCGCGCCUCACGGCUCACGGCCACUCACUACGCACGGAGCUCCUCGUAGUGCCGCCGCCAGUCGCGCUGCGACCCGCGCCGACGUCGCACCUCUUUCGUGUUUAUUUUUGUAACGUUCAUGCUAAUCUCCGUUUGAUUUUCCUGCUGGGUGACCGCAGUGAGACGCGAUACCGCGAGUGCCGAAUGUUAGUGGACGUCACGCUCGUGUACUUUUCCAUCGGAAUCCAAACGCGCCCACAAAACCAGUUCAGAGUGGCGGUCGGCGCCUUCGGAUGAGAUUUGACAUCGCCGUGAGCCGCGGCCUGAGAUGCUGCGCCCGUGACCGUCUUACGACAGUACCACGAAACCGCGUCCAAUGAUCUCAGCGAGCCUCCCCGGCGAGGCGCUGGUCCAGCUCGGGCAGCUGCAACUGAGCCACCUGUACCCGCCUCCGACGAUGACGCCGGAGUUCCUAGCACCGCCGCCGCGGCCCUACCCGCGCUACCCUCCUCGGCGUCCGCGGGACACCAUGCCAGCCCCUCCAGCGCCGGCUCCCUUCCCUCCCGUACCUACUGCGUACUCUCCGUUCCUGCCGCACCCGGCGUCGUACGCGCCGUACCUGUACCGCGCUAGGGCUCCGCAACCCCCAGCGUAUCCAAUACGUAACAGGCAUUCGUCGGGCUUCGUCCCGCCCGCCCCAGCACCACAUUCGCCGCAUUCACCACCUGUAUCGGCGCCAGCUCCUCAACCACCUCCCAGAGAAGAGCCGCCUAUGUCACCAGAGCGAGCCGCGCCCGCACCGUACUUUUGCCGCGGGGCACUUAUCCGACUAGAGGACGGCACUCUGAGGCGAGUGGAGGAGAUGAGAACGGAGGACUUUGUUAUGAGCGCGGAGAGGAGUGGAGACCUCUCGCUGACGCAGUGCACACUGCUAAGGUUGGACGAACGAGGCGACCGACUCGCUCUCACGCUUGCAUAUGACAGAAAUCGUUCACAAGUAGAGUUAGAAUCAACGGUGGAGCAUCCAUUCUUCGUGUAUGGUCGCGGUUGGGCGUCCUGUAAGCCUGAACGGACCCUAGCAAAAUACGGACUCCGCGUGCAGAGAUUGCAAGUGGGAGACGUGUGCGUAUCCUUGGUGGCGCGCAAACCUACACCUCCAAGCACGGGCCUAUCAGCCGCCCCACCACAGACGCAUCCAGAAAACCUCAGUGUGAAGGAGGACGCAAGGAAACGCAGAUGGUCCGCGUCCGACGUUGUAGACGACGGCCCCCCAUUAAAAAAGCGUUGAAGCUCUACAGUUGCGGCGAAGAGAUCUUUAGUCAGAAACAUUCACUUCGAGACUCAGAUUUAGUACGCAUGGAUGUGGAUCCGUCGUGUACUUUCAUAUUGAGACUCGAAAAACUCGUGACGAUACUAUCACCACGUACGCGUGGGCAGAUAUAUCACCCCAGUGAUUUUAAUGCGUCACUUCGACGCACAUAUUAUGUAAUUAUUUCUAUAGCGAUCGGCAAUCCACAAUCGUACGCUUAAUAAUCUAUUUGGAAACUAGGUGCUUUUUACAGUCGGGUGCUUCUAUAUGAGUUCGUGUACGAUAUUGUAAAUAUCUAUGUAUCUUAAGUCAGUCAAUCUCUCUCAUUGCUGAUAACAAUGUAUCACGCAAUUUGCAGUUUUAGUAGGUACAAAUAGAAUGCGACAUAUCAAUAAACACGAAAGGCAUAAUGAUUCAUGCGUAUGUCUUGUAUAUAUACGAUUUUAACCGGUACAUGGCUUUACAGUGACAAAAUGUAUAUUUUGACUUUUUUACGUCGAUGAAUACCUACUUCCAUCUGGAAAACUUGAUACAUUGUAUUCUGUAAUCUUUGGAACCAAAGCUCCAUAGUACUUGAAUUCCGAUCGUCCUGGGUUCGUUUUAAUAAAUCGCUAUUUUUAAAAUAGAUGAUUUUAUUUUACAACAAUGCUGGGCCGCGUUUACGAACUGGCUAGUAAUGCUGCAACGUAGGCGCCGCAAUAAUGACGUAUGCACGUCACAUUGUAUUUUAAGCGUAAUUUUCAUAAGCACAAACAAAUCGUAAACUACCAGAUCUUUAUAUAGGAUAGACUUUGUGAUAAUUAAUGAGAUUUCAAAUCGCCAGUCUGCAGAUUAUCGUGCUUGCGGUAGUGUCCAGACAAAUGUCAAAGGUACAAUGAAUUAUGAAUGUUAGAUUACAGGUAUAGUGAUGUGUGCUUAUAUGUUGACUGAGUAGAGCUGGGUUUUUCGGAAGGUUCCCUUUAAUAUUGUUUUACGCGCAGUCAUCGUUUCGUACUUCCCUCAUGGUUGUGACUGCAGACAUAUCCAUACGAUGCAUUGUCGUUUAUUCGUUUUCGUAGACUUCGACUGGGCAUUUUUUUAUACCUUCUCAUUCGCAUAGGUAGGUUACGGUAGUUUCUUCUGAACUGACAAACACUUCUGACAAAUAAUUCGACUUUAUAAUAUAAGUAAAUGUUGUUAAUAUCUAUAUAAUGUAUAAAGAUAUAUAUUUAAUGGUCAUGGUUAUUAGAUGCCAUCUCUAUUGGUUUUUUAACGUCCAUGUGUGAUACACAUAACUUUUCUAUGAGAAGAUGUAUACAUAAUAAACACACAGUCUGUGAUAUUUUGUAGUUAUUGGUGAGAGUAGGUAUGAAGUAUUGCUUGAAUAAACAAAAUAUAGAUGUUAAGAAUAAUAAGCGCGUUAUUGGUAAGAAAAAUGUAUAGUUAAUUUAAACGGCAAUAGAAACGAAAAUAUAUUUAAAUAAACAACAAAUUAGUGUCUGUGAUGAAUGCACAUAUAUAGUUAUCUGGUAUAACGAAUAUGCAUGGCCAUAUCAAAAAGAAAUAUAUUGUAUAUGUAAGAAUUUACCAGCAAACUUCUAAUUGAACAGUUAUGUUGUCAUAACGAUCUACGAUUGUAAUGAAAAGCUUUCACACACUUCGCUAAUUGAAAACUAGCACAAUACUAUUUCAAAUAUAUUUUAUAUAGCUCUUCCAGAUUUUGCAAUGACCGAAGUAUGCGGAAGACUUUUCAAACCUAAUUAAUUGCAAAAUAAUUAUGAUUUCUAUCGCAUGUGUCUAACUGAAAUAUCGCAAUUACGGCCACAGAACAGAUGCAGAAGAGAUAAGAAGGGACUUGUGUGCGAGGCGAGCAGCGCCGCUCUUAUUUGAAAACCUGUAUGCUGUCAAAUACGAUACAAUUUCAAACAGAUUGAAGAUUAUACAUUCUUGUACUAAGUGAGUGAUCGCAUAUUGUAGUGCGUUUAUUGCGAGAUUCGCGAGUACAUAGCGUGUGAAUAACGGUGACACGUGUACAUUACGAAAUUAGUACGAAUAGGGAACUAUUUCAUUUCUAUAUUCUAUCUGUUCUGUGAUUAGGGCAAUAAUUAUUAAACAUUUCAGAAACAUGCGACUCACAUUUUUAUGAAAAUUAUUUAAUUACUUCUAAGAUAUAUAAAAAAAUAGCGUCAAGUCUAUAAAAAAAAAAGAUUUUCAUUAAAUUGUAAUAUUUGUGUUUACCCAUACAUUCAAAUGAUGAUUAAAACACAUUUCUUUAUGUAAUCACAUAUAUUCAACACUUCCAAUGUUAUUUAUCAGAAUUGACCUUAUGCAGAAUCCAACAUAUAGAUAACAGCAAGGAAACGAAUUGUAAGAUUUAAGAAGGAAUGCUUCAUUGUACCGCACACGAUGCGUGCUUGUUAUUUGUAUGUUAAAGUAUCGACUAUAUAGAACUACGAACACACCAUUUAUAGGAAGGGUGUUGUAAGAGUUAAUAAUUUGUUGUAUAAUAUAUGUAAUUCUAGUUUUAUCGUCUUAUAUUAUUAUUUGUAAUUGUAAUGAAAGAUCUCAUUUUAUUAAUCGGUAUUUUCUAACAAGGCGCUUUCAUUAGAUCAUGACUAAGCCUACCUCACAAACUUUAAGACCAGUCUCGCCACGCCGAGCCGGUCGUAUUCAAGUCUAAGCAAGAUCUCAAUUUGAUGAAAAUAAACUUUUAAAAAGACUGGGAUGCUUUACUGAAUGUUGUGGGAUAGUAGUUUCUUCGAAGAUAUUACUUAAAAUAUGAGAUAGGAGCAUUUAUUUUGUUCUCGGAAGCGCAAGUUCCGUUUCCGACAGGAUGGACAAUCGUUUAGUACAAAAUUCGUUACAAAAGUAUUAUUUCCCAAAAUCCAAAUUCAAAAAGUAUUAAUUUUUCCAUAGAAAGGUGCUGUCACGGUACGUGAAAAUUGAUGCACUAUAAAACCUAAGCACAUUUCAAUAAGAUAUCAUAGUAUUGGCACAAUCGAUGUUCUUCCGCGCCUCUAGUGUAUUACGUCGUUGUAAUUUAUAACAGCUGGUGUGUAGUAUCUUAUGUUUACACCGAUUUACUAAUUCAUUCCCUGACUCGUUCUACCAAUGUUUACAAUUUUGAUUCAAUAUUUCGAAUAGGGCCAAUCAAAUUGAUGUACAAAUAAAUCGUGUUUCAGCCCAGACAAAUUGAGCAAUUAUUUUUAAAUAUCGUAAUAUUCUCUUACUAUUGUUAUUUCAGUAGAAUAUAAAUUUAUUUAAAUUGCUUAUAAUUAAUUAAAAUUAAAAGCUUGUUUCCACAAGUGUUUUGUUAUAUAGCGAAUAAUCGUUAACAGUUACAUUUAUUGUAAAAUUGAUUAAAAAUCAUUAUUUUCAAUAUGCUACAUUUCUUGUUAACUCGAGUGAAUGAUACUGUAUGACUGAGUUAUAUAAGUGUUGUAUAGUUACAAUAGAUCGCAUUAAAUAAAUUAAGUUUUAAAUGUUGCCAAUGUUAAAAAUGGCCAGUAAUGGUUCAAAUAUUACUAUAGUUACAAUAGCCAAGCUGAUAUUUUGACACAAAUGAUUGUGCCAUCCUCGUUUUCUCGGUGUAAAAAAAUGACCAAUGGGUUCGAUACCCGACAAUUUGAUAUUACAUCUAAUAAUAAUAUGUGAUAGUUGCUCGCAGUUCAUUGUCUAAAUAUCACAAAAAUAUUGUCUCGUUAACUGUUUUUCAAUAUUUAGCCAAUCGCAGAAAGGGAAUACUGUGUCAUUUUAAUUAAUAAAUAGAUAAUAUGAAUUGUUAUAUAUGACAAAUAUAUAUGUAUAUUUUAUUGUAUAGCGGAUUGAGUAAUAUUUCAGAUUAUUGUAAAUUGAAGUGUUAUAGACCGAAAUAUGUUAAACUAAGUUAACUGUUUGUAAAAAGAAAGAGAAUAUGUAUAAUUGAAUAUUUGCUA